AAGCACGUGGGGGAGUGGCCCAAUGUAUUCCGAAGUGUUUCAGUCAUCUACACAGCAUUCUCCACCAUCCAAGAACAAUACAAGUGUCCUGCAUAUUAAUGGCCCCGGAUACUGACAGGGCUGUUGGUCAACCUGCUAGGACGUCCUCCCAAGCUCUCACCAGACUGAGAAAGGGGCUAAAGCUACUUCAUGUGCCGGCCACAGCAAUCACACCGGAACCAGGGCUCUCCGGUCUGAAUGAGACAGCAUUGUGCGAAAAUCAUCUUAGCUCUUCCGCUUCCAGUCGCUCCCAGCAGGCUACUGGCUCUUGGAUCGGUUCUCCAACAGGAGCGGGUUUACCAGUAUUUGGCUCGCCUGCAACAUCAACUCAACACUCGCAAUACUCUGAAACAGACACUUCCGGGGGGAUUCCAAAGCUACUCCAGCAAAUCAAGACAAAUGGCGUUGAGAAGUUCCAUCAAAGGCAACCGCUUAGGGUAUUCAAAGAGCUGCCUGUACCAGAUGAUGCUCGUCGACGUUUUGAAGAAUUACAGAAUCUCCUCAAGUCCGGGUUGGCAGCGCACAUAAAACUUGAAUCUUUCCCGUAUGCUGUCAUGUGGGAGGUAUACAUGGUAGGGCUGUCGGAGCAGGACGUAGAACCAAUGAGCGUUUUCUACAGCGACAAGAAGCUGGCAAAGAAGAUAAAAGGCUUCUUCAAACAAAGCCACAUCCAGGGAACCAUGAAAGCAUCUAAUACUGACUUCCCCAUACAUUACAUAAAGAAGCCACCAAGGCUGCUGAGCGACGAUGCCAACAUAGUCUCCAUUUGGACUGCCCCUCUCGAGCAUGAGUUUUUCGCCACCGCUUGUGGACUUCCAAUUGCGGCGACACUGGGCCGAUCACCAGCUUGGGCUACCAUUGGAGGCAAUGUGCUCGUUGAUGGUACAUUAUUCGGUAUGACUGCUGGCCAUCUGAUAUCACAAAUUGUGCUUGCAUGUAAUGAAGCGUCGCGCAGUGGCACAGGUUCCGAUACAUAUUCAUCGCAUGAUUCACCGUCGGAAUCAGAAAACUCUGAACCAGAACUCAAUAGCACCAGAAGCUCAACACCAGCAUUUUUUGACCUUGCUGGAGCUCAAAAGAUUGCUUCAGUGGACUUGUCUGAGUCAAAUCACCGUGAGGACCAUGGCGACCUAGACUGGGCUCUUAUACCACUACCACCUGACCUACACCUACCAAAUAGGAUAGACAAGUCGAAGAUCACUUUUGGAAAAGAGAAAGAAGCCUCCAAGGAACUCCUGGACAUUGUUGAAGCUGGUGCCGAGAGCCAACUUGACAGUAGGGAAGUCAUACUGAUGUCAGGUAACGGGUAUAAACCGGCUAUCUUGAGAAGGCUCACCGCAUUAGUUUUGGUUAGUCCCGGUACUGAGUUCGUCAAAAUCUUGACUCUUUCGCCCAAACAGGGGUUUGACCUCAAAAAUGGAGACUCAGGGUCAUGGGUUGUCGAGUCAAGCCAGGGGCAAGUUUAUGGGCAUCUUGUUGCUAGUGUAGCAAACGGAGACGGUCUGGUCGUCCCCAUUCACACCACCCUUGAGGACAUGAAAGAAAUCACAGAGGCGAGCACGAUUAGACUUCCAACCGCCGAGGAUAUACGCAACUUAUCAACGCGAAUAACAGACGAUCCUCCUGACAUUCCAAUUGCGCAGUCAACUGGAAACACAACAAGUCGCGAUGGCAACUCAAGCAUCAGCACCUGGCUCACCUCCAUCAGCUCUCAACCUAAAGAGAGCGAUGUCGUAAUAAGCGACACGCCGCUUAGCUCAAAAAGAAGAGGCAAUAUCAUGUUUUCUGAGACAGUGACUAGAACAGAAAUUCCUGCAAACGAAGCCGCUGCUGCUGAAGAAGAGACAUCUACAGCGAGAGGCAUCGUGGCUUCUAAAAUAAGAGAUCUUGAUGAUUAUUCUGCACAAGCGGUGCAAGACGGUGAGGUAUCACUUACACAUGAUUCUAAAUUGCUCAAGGGGCUCUACGAAGACCGAAUCGCAAUGUUCAUGGAUGAUCGCGAUCGACAUGCCGAGUUCUGGCUGGAAAAUCCGUUAUCGGCGCCGGGCCGGCAAUCUGAUGAAAUCCGCGAUCUGAUCAGUCGCAUCUUGGGUUAGAGUUCGUAUUACAGCAGAAAGGAGGGAGGAUAAUAGGGCCCAUGAUGGCCCGUCUCGUUAGCUUAAUAAGAGUUCUCUCUUGUCGGCGACGUUCACGCUAUUGAAAGGAUAGCGGCACGCUUAGCGCUGCCUAUGUGGGAUUAAUAACACAAUUAAUGUCUCGGCAUACGGUGCAGCCGGGGGUACGAAGGCGUGAGAAAUGGCAGAGAUUAAGAACGGCAUGGAUGAGUCAGC